AUGAAUAAAAAAAACAAAAACACAAAAAAGGAAUCCACUCCAUAAGUAGUAGAUUAAUAAUCAAAAAUCAAAUUGUUAGCAUCACUGGAUGUUACAGAAAAAUUAAAAUUCUUAAGAAAAAUAUUAUUGAUUUGGUUGGCAUGGCAAAGUGUUAUUGUACUAAGUUGCUUUCUGAUCUAUUUAAAACUUCCUUUUUUGUUACCACUGUAGAUGUUGCUUGAUUCAGAUUUAUUAUUGAUGCUUUUUCUUUGUAUAACAGUGAUUUUACUUUAUUUUGGAUCUAGGAAUAUUAAAUAAAAAGAUCAAAAAACAGCAAAAUUGCAAUUGAUAUUAAUUAUCAUUUCUUAAACUUUGUUAUAUUCGAUGAUUACUAAUAAAUUGGUAGAAAACUCAAUAAAUUUCUUAUUGAUUCAUUUUAUGCAGCUUAUCGUUAUUGCCAAUCUUUUCCUAUAUUUUAGAAAUGCUAUUGAAAUUAACCAUUUGAUUUAUUUCAAAUAAAUGUUUUGGUACUCUGGAAUUUUAAUUGCAGCAGAGUUCUUUUUCACAAAAUCUACGUCAAUAAACACACUACCAGGAAUGAUUAUUAUAGGAAGUAUAUUAGGAUUUGGAACAUUUGCAUUAAGAUCAAUUGAAGCUAUAAUUGAUGGCAAAUUUAAUCUGACCUAGGAGCAGACAUCUUUGGGAUCUCUUCUGGCUUAUACAAAUUUAUUAUUGCCGAAUAGAAAAAGUGAGUGAAUUAUAUUGUAAAUAGAACAUUAAUUUAAAUAAAUAAAAUUAGUUA